AUGGCUCCAGUGAAAAAGGCUUCUCUAGCCGGAGGAAAUGAAACUCUCCGACACUUUACCCAUCCUCAUGUCCUAUUCAAGGAAGAUACGACUAACAGGUUUGGAUGCGAUGGCUGCGGCAUGGAUGGUUCUGGUGUUAGAUACCGUUGCAAGCAUUGCGAUUUCGAUCUACACCUGGAUUGUGGUACAUGUCCGGAGUAUCUCAACUCUAACUUUCACCCUAACCAUGAACUCGUAAGGGUUUGGGAGGGACUCCAGGAAGAUUAUGGUCUAUCGCGCCCCUGCAAUCUCUGCGGUGAUCAAGUAAAAGGUCUCUUCUACAAAUGCUCAUCUGGUGCUAAUGAAAAGAGCUAUUAUGACGACGGAGGCCAUUACUUCUUCAUCCACCCUACAUGCGCCAAACUUCCAUCGCAAGUAAUUCUCAAGCUUCAAUCCGUUCCAGUUAUUCCUGACGCCCCCUGUGCAAUCUGUAGAGACGUUGUUUCUUCUUCUUCAUGGAGUUACAGAAGUGAUCCGCCAUGUAGUCUCAAUAUUCAUCCCCAGUGUGUCACUCUUCCAGUCGACAAUCAUCAGAUUCAUCACCAUGGUGGAAGUGGAACUAGUGGUUCGGCCCAACAACAAGUGGAGGAUGCUGCAGCGCAGGCGGAACAACUGGCAGCUGCUAUGAUGGCUGCUAAAAUCCAAGCUAAAUCACAUAAAUUUAUGCUAAAACUCAUUUAG